AGAUCAAAGAUUUAGAUCUUCACUCCCCCGUUGAUGACUACAUUUACCACUUUGGCUCCACCACCACCACCAUGCCACCACCUCCCGCCGCCGCAUUUCUCUAUCUACUAUUAACCCUCAUUAUUCCCACUCUAGCAUCCUCUCACACUUGCUCGCCGCCGACCAAAACCCUCUGCCCCCCUUUCACCUCCCCUCCGCCCUUCCCCUUCUCCCUCUCCCCAGGCUGCGGCCACCCCUCCUUCCAAAUCCACUGCUCCCCCUCCGCCGCCUCCAUUUCCAUCAACAACCUCACCUUCUCUCUCCUCCACUACGAGCCCAACUCCACCUCCCUCACCCUCUCCCUCACCCCGCCCCCACACCCCCGCCGCAACUGCACCUCCACCGCCGCCGUCUCCGCCCUCAACAGAUCCAUUUCCUUCUCCGGAUCGCCAUUCCGGGUCGCCGAUUCCUCCUGCUCCCGCCUCUCCGCUCUCAAACCCUGCUCUCCCCCAAAUCUCCCUAACUGCAGCCACUGCUCCUUCGAAUGCAAGCUCAUCAAGAGCCCAAUCCACCUCAUCCAUGACUGCGGCGCCGCCCGCCACCGCGAUGAUUUCCAGCCGGAGUGCCAAGGCGACGUCCUCGGCGUCCUCGACAACAUUCUCCGAUUAGGGUUUGAAGUGGAGUGGGAUGAGGAUGAAGACGAAGAUCCUUAUUUCUCAAGCUGCAAAUCCUGCAUUGGAUUUUGCGGUUUCAAUUCCUCCGAUUCGAGGAAGCAAUUCGUUUGUUUCUCACCAAAGGCAACCAUCCGCCAGCAAAGCCCUAACAAAAUUGCGAUCCUCACCAUUCUGUCCUUGUUUGUAUGCCUAUUGAUUGCUCUCUCCGUCGCCUUCGUCGUGCUCCGCUCAAAGAGAAGAGACGCAGAGGAAGAUCCAACCAUCAUUUUCCUCCGCCGCCACCGCUCCGCCAGUCUACUCCCGCCGGUAUUCACCUACGAGGAGCUCGACGCAUCCACUAACCACUUCGAUCCCAAACGCAAAAUCGGCGACGGAGGAUUCGGUUCGGUGUUUCUAGGGCAGCUUUACGACGGCAGAUUGGUGGCCGUCAAACACCUCCACAAGCACAAUUCCGCCGGCGCCGCCGUAGAAAAAGGCUUCUCGAACAAGUCAUUUUGCAAUGAAAUUUUGAUUUUAUCAUCGAUUAAUCACCCGAAUUUAGUGAAGCUCCAUGGAUACUGCAGCGAUCCGAGAGGUUUGCUAUUGGUAUACGAUUACGUGCCUAAUGGCACCCUCGCCGAUCAUCUCCACGGCAAGCAGAGUCUGUACAGAAAAGGGGCGCUGACGUGGAGCACCCGAGUUGACAUCGCGCUGCAAACGGCGAUGGCCGUCGAGUACCUGCACUUCUCCGUCGUGCCGCCGGUGGUCCACAGAGACAUCACCUCCGCCAACAUUUUCGCGGACAAAGACAUGAAGGUGAAGGUCGGCGAUUUCGGGCUGUCGAGGCUCCUCGUGUGCCCCGAUUCCACCAUGGCAUCGGGCAAUUCCUCCGAGGGCGUCUGCACAGGGCCGCAGGGGACGCCCGGGUACUUGGACCCCGAUUACUACAGGUCUUUCCGGUUGAACGAGAAGAGUGACAUCUACAGCUUCGGGGUGGUGUUGCUCGAGCUGAUCACGGGAAUGAGAGCUGUCGAUCAGAGCCGGGAGAUGAGGGAGAUGACUUUGGCGGAUAUGGUGGUGCCCAGGAUUCAGAUGGGCUUGCUGCAUCAGGUGGUGGACCCUGUUUUGGUGGUGGAUGGGGAGGCCAUGGAGGGAGCUGCUGCCGUGGCGGAGCUUGCCUUCCGCUGUGUCGCGGCCGACAAGGACGACCGGCCGGAUGCACGGGAGGUGGUGAUGGAGCUGCGGAGAAUUAAGGGCCGCGGGAAGAGUUGUAGUGGCAUGUUGAGGAGUUCGAAUUCAAGCAAUGUGGUUGUGCCUGAUGUUAAUGGGUAGGCCUAAUGAUUUUAAAUGGGGAUUCUUCUUCUGGGUGAAAUUAAAUGUACAUUAGAUGUCACGCUUGUUUUUUUUAACUUUCACUGAAUUUAUUUAACUCCCCCUUCUCCUUA